UUAUUCACUCUGACUGACCGAUAUUGACUAGUGUCUUCAAAUCGCAUCUAGCUUUAUUUCUUUUGAAAUCCAUCUGUUUCAGCCAUGAGACAGCUUUUGUCUGCUUCUGGGCGAUGUUUUAUUUUGUUUCUGUUUUGCCAGAUUCUUGCUGAGUCUGCAGGAUUCUACUGGAGCUCACCUCAUAACAGGACUAAUGUCUUUCUGAGAAGAACUCGAGACGCUAGCUCACCCAUUCCCAUAGAAUGCAAGAUGAAGAGCUGGACGUCAUGGACGCCUUGUGAUUCCUGCACGGAGAAAUCGGUGCGUUUUCAGUAUGUGGAGCGCCACUCACAGUUCGGAGGCACACCAUGCGUGCUCAGUCAGUGGGAUGAGAAGCGCUGUCCAGUUCAGGGAGAAUGCGUGCCUCAGGAUAAGUGUGGAGACAUGUACGCAUGUCCUGAGACAGGCCGAUGCAUUGGUAAGCACCUUCUCUGCAACGGUGAUCGGGAUUGCGCACUCGGCAGUGACGAAGAUGACUGUGAGACGAUAAAAAGCCCAGAAACCAAGUGUACCAACAUGUUUCCCAUCCCAGGAGCAGAGAAAGCCAUACAGGGCUAUAAUGUUCUGGGAGACGUUUUUGUGAACCCUGUUCUGGACGCGAGAUACUUCGGAGGCAUCUGCGAAUACAUCUACAACGGAGAGUGGAGGGAACUGACGUACGACUCGCACUGCGAACAGCUUUACUAUAACGACGAUGAGAAAUACUUCAGGAAGCCGUAUAACUUCUUGUCAUAUCGGAUGUUGGCGCAUUCCCUCAGCCAGGGAGCAACAGAAGAAUACUCUGAUGCUGAGAGCUUAAUAACCGGCAAGCAAACAGAACAUUCCUCUAAUUUUGGGGUGACUGGCGGCGUGAUGUAUGUGGAAGUCGGAGUGUCUGCGAGUCAUGAAAAGAAUGUAACGGAAAAAUUGACAGAGUUCAAAAGCAAGGACGUGCAGCUUAUUCGUCUGGUGUCGACAGUGGAAACGGCGCAGUUUAAGAUGAAGAGCCGGGAUCUGAUGCUGCAUGAGGACAUGCUGAUGUCUCUCAUGGAGCUGCCUGAACAAUACAACUUCGGCGCUUACUCGAACUUCAUCAAGGAAUACGGCACUCAUUAUGUGACGGAAGGCGUAUUGGGAGGCAUUUUGGAUUACAUCGUAGUGAUCGACACACAGGUCAUGAAAAGAGAAAAAUUGGAGACCCGGGACGUCCGUAACUGCCUUGGCUUAUCUCUGGGCAUCUCGGGUAGCAUCACUCCGGGUUUAGAAGGAAAGUUUAAAGUGAGCCAUGAAGCAUGUAAACCUGUAGGAGCGUUUACAGGAGAAUUACAAGAAAAAAACCCAAUGAUCAGAGAUGCGUUCGGCUAUGUAAAAGGAGGCAUCACAGGCCCCAGCGCCGGUCAGUUAGCCGUCCAUGAUGCAGAUAGCUACAGGGCAUGGGGCAAAUCUCUUAAACACAACCCAGCUGUCAUUAAGUUUGAGGCUCUACCCAUAUAUGAGCUGGUGCGUUUCAGCACAGCGGCGUCUCAGGCUCGCACCCGGCUCCCGCACUUGAAACAGGCAUGGGCCGAGUACAUGCAGCAGUUCAACCCAUGCCACUGCGCCCCCUGCAGGAACAACGGCAUGCCGGUGCUCUCCAAGACGUCUUGCAGCUGCGUCUGUAAGGCCGGAUGUGAAGGCCUCGCCUGCGAGAAAACCGAACGCGAGGCUAUCCCUAUUCAUGGAGUGUGGAGCUGCUGGAGCUCCUGGUCCUCCUGCGUGUCUGGAACACAGAGACGAACUCGAGAGUGUAACAACCCUGCUCCGAAAUACAAUGGCUUCCAGUGUAGAGGAAACCCGUCGCAGACGAAGCGUUGCUGAAGUCAUUUUAGUGUGGAAGGCCUCUAUAAUCUGCUUGUAUCCUAUGGAGAGGUUUUGAUGGUUGAAUGGAUUUAAUAAUCAAUAAAAAGCUUUAUAUUGGA